AUGGGUAUGCAGGCUCUGAUGGAUGUCCGGUGCAAGAAUCUAGUCAACCCUGUAUGCGACUGGCUUGGUGAGAUUUACGACCCCACCUCCAGAGAAUUUGUGAUUCCGGGACGUGGAAGACUGCCGUUGAAAGAGGAAUCCGUGUUCUGCACUUUGGGUGUGCCCCGUGGAGAAAUCAAAGUCCCGUAUGAGGUCAAUAAUAAGAUCAAGGAAACGUUGUUCCCCCGUUUGUUUCCUGGGUUGGAAUCCAUGCCGAACACGACUUUCCUGGCAGAUUCGCCGCAGGACAUGACAACCCAUGGCGAGGUUUUUAAGAUGAAACUACUCAUGUACCUCAUCUCAGCUGUUUUUGCGCCAACCACUUCUCUUCGCCCAAGCAACAAAUGCUUCCCCAUCCUGGCGAAACUGAAAGAUGUGAAGAACAUGAAUUGGUGUAAGUUCAUUGUCGACUUCCUGCAUGAUGCAUUCUCAAGCAAGAUGUACCAGAAGGGUUGUCGACUGCAUUUAAUGCUGAUGUACGUCGACUGUCUUGAUCUGUCCAUCGUGGAUUUCAUUGGGACAGGAGGCCCGCGGCCUACACACAAGUUUGCUGUUUCUGCGUGGACUUAUGAUGCUGUCAAGGCUGUGCUUGCUGCAGACAGGGUAACUGAUACCAAAUAUGGAAAACUGCAGCUGAUGGCCAAGCAUGCUAUAGACUACAGCAUGUUUGGGGGGCCUCAAAACUUUGGAAAGUGGAUGGAUGUGCACUCAGCUCCGUCUUGCCCAACUAAGGCGAGGGCACCUGUUGAGCAUCUAAUUGGGCAGUUUGCAUCCGAAAUGACCAGCUUGCUCGGGAAGUUGGUUGAGGGUUGGACGUCCCUUAACAGCUCUGACAGUGAUGCGGUUGCGAGGCAGUUCACUACAUUUGUCGUAGAACGGACACAUCGGCCAACUAGUUGCCGUGGCCGGUACGACUACAACAGUUCCCAAGAGCUUGCUGACACACAAGAUGAACUAGAUGGAGACGCUGGUCUCAACAAGGAUGAUGACGAUGACAUGGAGAACGUGCAACAGGACAUCGAUAAUGAUGAACAUGUCGAUGUUCGUGCAGGUGGUCAGAAGGGCAAGGAUGCACCAAAUGUCCCUCCACCGGAGAAAGUCAAAGAACAUACGGCUGCGAGAGGCGAGGGGGUGUUGCCCUCAAAGAGGGGAGGGCUCCAGAGGAUGUUGGGCAGGGUUCUCCUGGCAAGAGGUCUAGGACUGAUCUCGUAG